AUGAAAUUCCGCUCCCUCAAGAGUCCCUUCAACAUCACCAACGAUGCCACAACCAACUCCAAACUCCUCAUUCACAUCUCCGAAAAGGAAGGCGUGAAAGCCGAAAACCUCUCCCUGGCUACAUGGGGUAGUUCCUACGUCUUGGCCAACCACCUCCAUCGAUGGAAAGAUACCCAGCCCAUCCACACCGCUCGGGAGAACACAUCCAACUCCAUCGCUGUACUUGAACUCGGCGCGGGAACAGGACUCGUCGGUCUCUCCGCCGCAGCCAUAUGGCAACUCCCUGUGAUCCUCACAGAUCUGGCCCCGAUCGUCCCUGGGUUGGCACAGAAUAUCAACUCGAAUCGAGCGUUAUUGGCGGAGAAAGGAACUACCGCGGCGUGCGGUUGCUUAGACUGGACGCAGCCGGAGGAACUACUCCUUUCCAAUCCUGUUCUUGCUGCAUCGGAGCCACAGAUCGUGCAAUCUUCGCGUAAAGCGCACAUUAUCCUCGCUGCUGAUGUCGUGUACAGCGAGGACCAUCCCGAGUUGUUGUUGAAGACAAUUCUGGCGUGGUUGGCGCCUGGGCCGGAUGCGAGGGUUGUGAUUUGCUAUCCUGUGAGAAUUGCAUAUAUCGAUCAUAUUAGAGACUUAUGGGAGCGAUUCGAAGCGGCGGGGUUGUUGUGUGUGGAGGAGGCGCAGGAGAGUAGUGAUGAUGAUUGGGGAGAGGCUGAGCCGGCGCCGUAUGAGUUUUGUAUGUGGGCGUGGAAGAGAGAGGAGGCUCGGUGA